AAAGAAGAGGAAAGGGAAUUUGGAAGAGGCGAAGCCAAGCUGGGCGCAAAGCCGCAGACAGUGUAGGGUUGCCGCUGCAGUAAACUAAUAACAACAGAGAUGAGAAACCCUGAAAUCUAAAACCCUAAAGCAAGAAGAGAAGAGGGAAAAAUGAUGAGAAGAUUUCUACCAAGAAAUGUCACUCUCUACACUCGCCAUCUCCUUCAGUCUUCUCCCCACCCCAAUCCUACAAUCCCCAACCCCUCCCUCGCUGCUUCAACACACCCCAGACUCAGGUUCUACUCCGACUCGUCCAACAAUACCCCUCCUGACCCCCUCCCUGAAUCUUCAGCUCUAGCGGAACUGAAAAAGAAAGAUGAUUCUGAUGAAGUUAAGGAUGUGAGUAAUAAAGAGCUAAGAGAGAUGAUGGAUAAGUACUUCAAGGGCGACGGGGAAGUGCUGCCUUCGAUAAUGGAAGCAGUUUUACAGAGAAAGUUAUCGCAGAAGCAUGAGGAGACUGAUGAUGAGUUGAUGGAAGAACUUCGAAUGAAGCCAUUGAGUGAUGUGGAUGCUGAAGAGUUUCAAUCGGAUUUCGAUGAACUGUACGAGACUGAUAAGGAGCUCAAUGAUUUGUGUGAUGCUAAAGAAUAUGUGGUGAAGAAAAUGAUGCAGGAUCAAUACUUCAAUAUGGAUGACAAGAAGUGGGAUGAGAUGGUAAAGGAGGCGAUGGACCAUGGAUUUAUAAAGGAUACAAAGGAGUGUGAGGAAAUUCUGGAGGACAUGCUUAGCUGGGAUAAGCUUCUUCCAGAUGACAUAAAAGAGAAGGUGGAAAAGAAAUUCAAUGAACUGGGGGAUAUGUGUGAAAGAGGAGAGGUUGAGGCUGAAGAAGCUUACGAGCUGUUCAAGAAAUUUGAGGAUGAGUUGGUCAUGGAAUAUGUAAAGAAAAUGGAAGCUGAAGGCCCACCACAGUUUGAUGAGGCAACUGUUCCAGACAAGAAAAAGCACUUAGAUGACCCACCAGGUGUGGGGCCAAUUAUUAGGUGGCAAACACGGGUAGUCUUUGCUCCAGGUGGUGAUGCGUGGCAUCCCAAAAACCGAAAAGUGAAAAUGUCUGUUACUGUCAAAGAACUUGGGCUUUCAAAACCUCAAUUUAGACGGUUGAGGGAACUGGUUGGAAAAAGGUACCAUCCUGGAAGAGAUGAACUUACAAUCACUAGUGAGAGGUUUGAACACCGAGAGGAAAACAGAAAAGAUUGCCUUAGGACUCUCUUUGCACUCAUCGAAGAAGCUGGGAAAGCUACCAAAUUGGCAGAAGAAGCUCGAGUUUCAUAUUGCAAGGACAGACUUAGAGCCAAUCCAGCUUUCAUGGUGAGGUUACAUUCCAAGAUCACGGGGCAAGGAUCUAACACCAUUUCAGCUUGAGAAUUCAAUACCAACCCCAGGCUUACACAAGAAUGAAAUUUGGGGUUAGGAAAACAAAUCUUGGGUAUCCAUACGAGCAUAGGACUUGCAGGUCAUCACAAAUUUAGGGGAAAACAUGCCUGCGCAUGUUAAUUGUUGAUUGAUUCCACAAAUCGACAAAACGCCAUAUUACUGAGAAAAUUCACCAAUGUUAUUUUAGUUGUCUUUUUAAUUUAUUGCCAGCGGUUCUAUGAUUUUUGUUACUUUUUGAACAGAGUUAAUAAAUUUUUUUGUUGUUCA